GGCUCGCCCUUUCUCCCCUCAUCCCCCCCAUUUCUCCAAGGACUAGCGAAGAUCACUUGUAGUAGUAGUAGCAGCGCAGAGAGAGAGACGAGAUCGGAGAGAGAGAGAGAGAGAGAGAUUGAGAGGUCGAAGCUAUUCGUGAGGAGAUGAAUGGUGGAGGAGAAGGAGCGGAUGAAAUGGAGGAGGAUGGGAAGGAGGAGGAGGAGGAGGAGAAGAGGAAGGGGGAGAAGGAGAAGGUGGUGUUGAUGUGGGGAUACCUCCCUGGGGUGUCGCCGCAGAGAUCGCCGCUCCUCUACCCGGUGCUGGUACCGAUGCCGGAUUCGGCGCCCGGAGACUCGUGGAAAGAUGUUUCCGGGGGCGGAUGCGGCUUUGCCAUGGCUAUCUCCGAAUCUGGGAAGCUUCUUACAUGGGGUUCAGCAGAUGAGAUGGGUCAAAGUUAUGUGACCUCAGGAAAGCAUGAGGAGACUCCGGAAGCUUUUCCUCUCCCCACUGAGGCUCCCAUAGUUAAGGCAGCUGCUGGAUGGGCUCACUGUGUUGCGGUUACAGCUUAUGGGGAAGUGUACACAUGGGGUUGGAAGGAGUGUGUUCCUACUGGUCGGGUUAUUGCAGACCAUCCUUCAGCAGGGACCUCGUCAGAAAAGGAUGAAAGACAUAAUGUUGGCGACCAAGGUGAACACACUAAUCCAAUUUUGUGUCAAUUGUCAAUAGAAGGUGUAAGCUUCUUUAUAUCAAUUGUUUACAGAUGUAAUAAAGGCAACUCCAUUGCAGUGAGUCCCAGGUCACAGGUUUCUAGGACAAGUGCUGGAACAGUAUCUGCUUUUGAAAAUAGAGGCGGUGAAGAGAGCACAAAAAGGAGAAGGAUAUCUUCAGCUAAAGUUGGACCAGAGAGCUCAACAUCUAGUGAAGAAACUCUCUCCUCUCCUCCUUGCCUGGUAACGCUAAGCUCAGGAGUGAGAAUAGUGACAGUGGCUGCUGGUGGGCGCCAUACAUUAGCUCUAUCAGAUAUGGGCCAUGUAUGGGGUUGGGGCUAUGGGGGAGAAGGCCAACUCGGUUUAGGUUCUCGAAUUCGAACAGUGUCUUCUCCUCAUCCUGUUCCUUGCAUUGAGUCAGCUGCAUAUGGAAAGGAUCGAACUCCAGGAAGUGCAAAAGGUAAUAGAAGUUCAGAAGGGCAGGCCAAACUUAUAGGAAGCUGUGUGAAGGCAAUUGCUUGUGGAGGCCGCCAUAGUGCAGCAGUCACAGAUACUGGUGCUCUGCUGACUUUUGGUUGGGGACUUUAUGGACAGUGUGGGCAAGGUAGUACAGAUGAUGAGCUAAGUCCGAUAUGCGUGUCCUCCCUUUUGGGCGUCAAGAUUGAAGGAAUUGCAGCUGGAUUAUGGCACACAGUAUGUACGUCGGUCGACGGGGAUGUGUAUUCAUUUGGUGGCAAUCAGUUUGGCCAACUCGGAACAGGUUCUGAUCAGGCUGAGACUCUUCCAAAGCUAGUAGAUGCGUCAUGCUUGGAGAACAAGAAUGCAAGAGCCGUCUCUUGUGGAGCACGCCACACUGCCAUGCUUACAGAUGACGGAGAAGUGUUUUGCUGGGGAUGGAACAAAUAUGGCCAGCUUGGCUUGGGUGAUGCGAUCGACAGGAACAUACCAUCUCAAGUUCCCAUGGAGACAUACCACCUGCUGAACAUAUCAUGCGGUUGGUGGCAUACAUUGGUGCUCGCAGAGUCUCCCACUUGAUCGCCGAUUGUACUUAAUUUAAUGCCUUCUCACAAUUUUGUAAGAAUUCAGUGUUAGGUUGCAGUAGCUCCAAGUUGAAUGGCGCACAUGUAAAUAGCAGUAAAUGCACACAACAUGCGCAUGCAUGUAUUCAAUUCUUUCCGAGGUCUUGAUAACUUAGUAGUGUACGGUCGAUUGCAUCCCUGGUGUUUAAUACAGCUUGUGCUAUUAGUUAUUGUACA